AUGGUCCGCCUCCGCCUCACCAACAACCAGACUGGUCACGGGGUCAACGCCGAGAUCCCGCUGCUCAACCACCAACAACCCAUCCGGGAGUUCUACCCGCUCGACUCGAGCGGCAAGUUCCUCAUCAACGCUGCCGAGCUGACGGCCGAUUUCCAGGGCGUCGAGGUCGUCGUCAACGCCGGCGGCCAGUCGGUCGUGCUCACCACCAACCAGAACUCGAAGCAGUUCAACGGCCUGGUCGACGCGGCCAACGGGAGUAUUUUGGCCAGGAAAGCCUGA